UCACAACUUAGGGUGGGACAAAGCUGGGGUUUAUAUCCAGGUUGUGUGGCUUCGUCCCGCUUUGCUUGCUAACUUACGAUUGUAGCUGUUUGUAUUUGAAGAUCAACUCGACAAUGUCUGGAAGAGGAAAAACCGGAGCAAAGACCCGCGCCAAGGCCAAGACCCGCAGCUCCCGUGCCGGUCUGCAGUUCCCCGUGGGCCGUGUCCACCGUCACCUCCGCAAGGGUAACUAUGCUGAGAGAGUCGGUGCCGGAGCCCCGGUGUACCUGGCCGCUGUCCUGGAGUACCUCACCGCUGAGAUCCUGGAGUUGGCUGGCAACGCCGCCAGAGACAACAAGAAGACCCGUAUCAUCCCCCGUCACCUCCAGCUGGCUGUCCGCAACGACGAGGAGCUGAACAAACUGCUCGGCGGUGUGACCAUCGCCCAGGGCGGCGUCCUGCCCAACAUCCAGGCCGUCCUGCUGCCCAAGAAGACCGGACAGGCGGCAGCGAGUUCCGGCAAAGCGGGAAAGAAGGCCUCAUCUCAAUCUCAGGAGUAUUAGCUUGCUGGCUAAUAACUUACACCCCAAAGGCCCUUUUAAGGGCCACUCACUUCUCAUCGAGAGGGCAAUUGUCCUGGCUUGUUACCCGUUUCACAUUCUUUAUUAAAUAAAAGCUUGUUUUGUAAAAGUGGUCUGCACCGUUUGUUAAGUAAACGUUAGGCCAACUAAAGUUCCUUGCUAAUAAUGUGAAUAAAGUGUGCUAACCAUUA